UCAGAAUUCCAGGAUGAGAUACUCCCACAUAUACAGGAAGAGCGCCCCUAUCAUGAGUGAUGCCAGGCCGUAGCUGACGAACAGGCUCUUCCGCUUCCUCUCCUUCUCCUGCCGGCUGCCCGUGUCCUGUUCGCUCGUCGUGGUCUUCAUCUUGGGCCUCCUGUACUUGUACUGCUCCUCGUCCCACCGCUUCCACGGGUAGAAGUCCUGCAGCCAUCGCACCUGCUGCUGACGCAUCAUGGUGCUGCUGCUGCUGCUGCUGCUGUGUGGGUGAGGGUGGUGGCGCGUCAAGGUCAUUGUCAUGCUCGUCAU